ACAUCUGCAGAACUACAAGACGACUUGAUUACUAUAAUACAGCCUGUCGCGACAUCAUCGGCAAUCGUUGCUAUAACAACUCAAACGACCACACACCACACAAACCACCACAAACCACACACAGCUCUCCUUCACAAUGGAGCCUACGCCUCGCCCCUCAAGAUCAUCUUCCACCUCUUCUCGCAACAAGUCCAAUCUCAGUCUUGAUCUCUCUGACCUCCCGCCGCUGAUCCAACCCACUCCUCCGUCCAACACGCUCCUCUUCACCAACCUCAACAACCUCGACAUCUUCCUGCCAGAGAACCUGCAAGAAAUCCGCGGCCUCAUCGAAAAGGUCUCGCCCAUCCACUCGUUUGCGCCGCUCAAAUCCUUCCGUCGCAUCAUCGUCUCCUUCUUCGACAUCGACUCCUCAUUAGCCAUUCGUCAGAUCUGGGACGGAAAGGCCAUCAUGGGCGAGCGCAUCAGACUCUACUUUGGCCAGCCCACCCCUAUUGAGGUCAGACCCGAGCAUCUCGAACUGCCCGACGCCGGCAAGCUCUUCUUCAUCUCACCGCCCGCGAGCCCUCCCCACGGCUGGGAGAUGCGCAUGGAAGAUGCGCCCAACAAGCAGGUCCAUGCCGACGACCUUGCUGAUGCUCUGGCUAAGCUGCACCACCGCCCAGUUCCUAUUUACGACUCGCCCGUUACCCCAACCGACGGCGGCGUCCCGCACUUUGGCACCCGGAGUCGUAGCUCGACUCUGAUCUACAAGCCUGACGAGCAGACCAGCCCUGGACUCCCUGCCGUGUUUGUCGAGGACAUGACGGACGAGCCGAUUGCCGUGAGCCCGCUUGAUGCUGCUAAGCCCAUCAUGGCUCAAACCGCGCGACCUCCUGUCGAGCUGAUGAACGACUUGUAAAUGAAUUCCUGGACGGUGUUAAUACGAUGAGCGGUUACAUGAUGGACUUUUCUUUGUUUCCUUGUUUCUUUCUCUCAACUUUCUGACUCUUGGAGAGCAGAAAGAGGGUUCUCGGUCGGCGUUGGUGGACACACGAUGCAUGAUUAGAUUGGUUUACAGAGCCUGUGGACAUUUCUCUCGUGGUAUCAAUCUAAUCUGGGUUUGGAGUUUUGGAUGAUUGUUUUUUGUUACUGGUUUUUCUUUCUUUGCAGGGAGUUGGUUGAUGAAAACAGAAAGAUUCCCGUCUUUGAAUAGAUACAUGCCGUUUGCUGGAUACCUACUUAGAUGGGCACAAUAUUAGUAGCCAUUACACGACUUUAUCAAGUCGUGAAAUUGAAUCAAACUAUUCAACUAUAUUAUUA